AUGUUCGAUUCAAUAGAAUCAGACGUUACAUAUGGUCCGCUUGACGAAAGUGAAGAAUCGGUAGCUGCCGCUAAUGAAUUAGCAGACAAAAAUGAUGAUCCUGAUAUGCAAAUGUCCGAAAGUGUUCAUCUACUUUUACAAGAUGAUUCUUUUAAUUGUUUCAAUGAUGGUAAAAGUAAAAUUGAUUAUAUUCUUGUCUAUGAAGAUAAAGAUACAGCUACUAUCGAUGAAUUAAUAUUACCAAUGCCACCAGGAGUGAAUAGUGAAGAAAAUGAUAGGCUAACUCUUGCAUUACAAAAAGAAAAAGAUAAACGACAAUUAUUUAAAAGAAGAUUUCUUAGUAAUUUAUCUAAGAUAGGACUUUUAAUGGAAACUGAUGUUCGCGAAGGUGAUCGAAAUUUCGUUUAUUUUAUUAAAAUUCAUAUACCGUGGGCAUUAUUACUUAAAUAUGCUGAAGAUUUGAAUUUUCGUGUACCUAUUCGAGCAGUUAACAAUUAUAGUGCUAAAAUAACAUUUGUUGAUCGUAUACGUCGUCUUUUACGUCUUUCUCAUAAUCCAUUGUUAUCUGAAGCACCUAGACGUUAUUAUGAUUUAUUUACAUCGGUCUUUGAAAUAGCAAAAAAAGAUCGUUAUAUGGGUGAUAAUAAUUUUCCUGUGCAUUUUACGAAUAUACAAAGAAGUUUUGCUGUACAUGAAAUUUUACAAACGACCCCAUUUGGUCUAACUGAAAAAGGUGAAAUUGGUAUUGAGCGAUUAGUACGUGACGGAGUUUUUCAAGCUGCUUAUUCAUUGCAUGACGGAGAUUAUAAAUUUGAUAAAACAGAACACCCGUCGCCAUUUAAUGAAAAUAAUCCAAGAAGAGUUUUAUAUGAUACAUGGGCAAGUUACAAACUUUUCUAUAAAUAUCAACCAUUAGAUUUAAUUAGAGAAUAUUUUGGAGAAAAAGUUAGCCUUUAUUUUGCUUGGCUAGGACUUUAUACAACAUGGCUUUUACCAGCAUCAUUAGUUGGUAUAUUGGUGUUUUGCUUUGGUUUUAUUUAUUUAUCUAACAAUGUACCUGCCAACGACGUUUGUACAAUUGGACAGAAUAUUACGAUGUGUCCAAUUUGCGAUGUGUGUCCUUAUUGGCAACUUUCAGAAACAUGUUCAUAUGCCCGUCUUGGUGUAUUUUUCGAUCAUCCAGGAACUGUUUUUUAUGCAAUAUUUAUGUCUUUUUGGGCGGUAACUUUUCUCAAAAGCUGGAAACGGAAGAAUGCCAAAAUAACACAUCGAUGGGAUCUAAUGGAAUUUGAAGAAGAAGAAAAUCGACCUAGGCCAGAAUUUGCAAUACGAGCGUCAACAAUUGAGAAAAAUCCUAUAACAGGAAUACUCGAACCCUAUUUUCCUGCAACUAGUCGUCGAUAUCGCAUUUUAUCUGGUGUUAUAAUUCUUAGUAUCAUGAUCUGCAUUGUGAUUAUAUUUAUCAUAGCAAUUAUUGUUUACCGAAUAAUUGUCAGUAUUCAACUAUUUCAAAAUGAGAAUUUACGGCAAUAUGCACUAAGUUUUGCAUCGAUUAGUGGAGCUGUGAUCAAUUUAAUUAUCAUCAUGGUAUUAGGCCAUUUGUAUGAAAUUAUUGCUUACAAGUUAACACAAUGGGCUUUUAUAAAAGGGAAAGCUGUUGGUUAUCCUGGACAUUAUGUGAAGAUCUUAAAUUUACGACAAGAAGAAUGUGGUCAAGGAGGUUGCUUGAUAGAAUUAGCAAUACAACUAGGAAUCAUAAUGAUAGGUAAACAAGCUCUAUCAAAUAUUCAAGAAGUUAUGUGGCCAAAAAUUCUUGCUUUAUAUCAACGAUGGCGAGUUUCAAUACCAAAAACCAAAUCUACUACUCAAUGGGAAGAUGAUUUUAAACAUACUCCAUUUGGUGGCUUGUUUGAAGAGUAUCUUGAAAUGGCUUUACAAUUUGGUUUCAUAACUAUAUUUGUUGCUGCUUUUCCAAUAGCUCCAUUCUUUGCGUUACUUAACAAUUGGAUUGAAAUUCGACUUGAUGCAAGCAAACUUGUUUGUGCAACAAGACGACCAAUUGCUUUUCGUUCAUCAACAAUUGGUAUAUGGUUUAAUAUUCUUCAGAGUCUUGCUUAUUUGGCGAUUGUAGCUAAUGCCUUUCUAAUUGCAUUUACUUCAGAGUUUUUACCGAAAAUUCUUUAUCAAUAUACAGUCAAUUGGGAUUUAAUAGGGUAUACAAAUUUCACAUUAGCUGUGGCACCAGUGAAUACAACAUCAAGAGAAUGCAUGUAUCGUGAUUUUCGAAACCCAGAUGGUACUUUGACUGUAUUCUUUUGGAAAUUACUUGCUCUUAGAUUAGUUUUUGUGAUUCUAUUCGAACAUAUUGUUUUUGUUCUGUGUCGUUUAACGGAUGCUAUCAUUGAUGAUGUACCGGAAUCAUUAUCAAUUAAAAUUCGACGAGAAAAAUAUUUGGCUAAACGUGCUUUACAGGAUUCAAGCAAAUUGAAUCAAAUCUUCGAAGAAACUGAUGAAGAACGUGAAUCACGAUCAAAAUUUACGAAAUAUUUUCGAACUAGUCGACCAAAAACAGGCGCAGCUACUUCAAAUGAUAUACGACGAACUCAUUAA